AUGAAUACAAUGGGAAAUGCCACGCCCACGAACCGUACGGCUCCAAGCCCUCUCAGCUGUACUGCCUGUCGUCAACCUGGCAUUCAAUGUGUCACUCCAACUCGUGCCCGCGCAGAACGGACCAGCAGAAAAGCUAUAGUAGUGGCUCGUGAUUCCGAGCUCUUGCGUCGUAUCCACCGUUUAGAAAACCUGUUAAGCACCAGCAAUUUGGCAAAAUCUUUAGCUUUGACGGCCGAUGGAAAAGAGUCUCAGGUCCAAUUGACUGAAGAAGCUCGAAAUAGUGUACUAUCUACUCAUGCCAAGCGCGAUGAUGGGCCUCAUCUUGUGCCACAAACAGAACGUGCCGAUGAGCAGUACGCAUUUUUCAUCAAGCAACAAGGAAACGAAGUUCGUUACCGCAGUGGGGAAUUCUGGACAAGUCUAGGAGAUGAGGUCUCUGGAAUCCGCCAGCUGUUGGAGAGCCAACCCGAGGAGGAAGAUGAGCUUCAAGAUUCGAACUUGAGCACUGUGAGCAUCAGCAACACUACACCACAGUUGGUUUUUGGUUAUCCAGAUAGCAAAGCUAUACCAGAUCCUAUUUAUCCUUCCGAUCCCGAGAGAGAGAGGCUCUUUCACUUUUACUUCACCAAUAUCGACCCCAUUUGCAAGAUAUUACACAGGCCCAGUAUUUCUUUUCACUUGCUAGGUACGAAGGAUCUCCUUGACGAUAGGGGGCGGUUCAAAUUUUCUAGUAUCGAUGCCAUUACUUUUUCGAUGUACUUUGCAGCCGUGAUGAGUAUGACUCCUGAAGAAUGCUUGAAGAACUUCAGUCAAGACAAGGACAUAUUACUUGCACAGUUUCAGCAGAGUGCAGAGGUAGCAUUGAUGAGGGCGGAUUUUAUGGACACUACGGACAUCGUCACCUUGCAAGCGUUUGUUCUCUAUAUUAUGACCUUGCGCUUCCAAAAUAAAAACCGAUCAAGCUGGGCCUUGAUCGGCCUUGCAAUUCGCAUCGCUCAUUCCCAAAGACUUCACAUAGACCCAGACUGUUCUACCAGAGGUACAUUUGAAAUAGAGCUGCGCCGCCGGCUUUGGUGGCAGCUUAUUAUACUUGACAUGAGAGGUGCUGAAGAUCGUGGGACCGAGCCUAUGAUCCUGGAGAGCUCCUACACUACUUUAAUGCCGAGUAAUUGCAACGACGUUGAACUGGAAUUUAAGUUGGGAAGUCUCAACCCCGAGGAAUGUGCAAGUCAAUGUUCUCUGGUAGAUAAGGCAGGAAUCACGGAGAUGACGUUCGGCUUGAUGUGCAUGCACAUGACAGUCGUAUUUCGGAAGCUCAAUUUCGUAACACUCACGAGAGAACCGCGACUUACACUCCAGGAUAAGGAAGCACUGGUAAAGGAGUGUGCCAACAAACUCGAAACGAAGUAUUUGGCUGGAUGCGACCCCACUGAUAAAUCAGUCUGGAUCAUCUACAUGUUCGGUCGACUUCUCAUUCUCAAACUCUGGCUCUCCAUUCAUUAUCCUCUACACGUCCAAGCUGCUGGUACAGUAGCGGGAUCUCGGCAACAAAGUCUUCAAGACGCCAUAUCUUUCCUUACUAUCUCUGAUCUUAUUGAAGAAAACAGUUUUGCUUCGGGCUUGCACUUGUUUUUCGCAAGAAAUGUUCCAUGGCAUGCUGUGGCAGUCAUGUUAGCGGAACUAUUAAGAGAGCCUCGAGGGCCUCUCGCAGAUCAAGCUUGGGCUAUUAUCGACAAGAGUUUUACAAAAUGGAGCAAUCGUAUGGAUGGGGCAAGGGAUGGUAUGCCGUGGCGCCCAAUGAAGAUCUUGCUGGAAAAGGCUCAAACAGCAAGGCUACAAUCUGCCCCAGCUAUGGCAACUCCUGAUAAUCUGCAAGCUGCACUACCAUGCAAUCCAAGUUGGAAAAACGCCCAUCUCGUACCAGAACUGACAGAUCUCAGUCUAGAGACCAAUCGGACCUACACAUAUACUCACGAUACGUUCCAAGAACAAAAUUUCAUGGAUCAGUCACAUCAACCCUUGGGAUUCGACGCAUUUCCAGUGGUAGAUAAGUCUCUGUCUCGCACAAGCCUUGAGAUUACAGAUAUCCCUAUCAAUUGGGAUGACUGGAACGAAUUCAUAUACGAUUCAAACAAAGACGGGGCUGAUAAAAAUGAUUCAUUUUGGGGAAUGGCAAUGCAAAUGUAA